CAUGGCUCCAGCAGUUUCAAAUCGAAUAUCGUUUCCCUUGUAAAUUUGUAGUUCACGUGUUUGAUGCAGUCUCCUCUGCUUCUAGUUCAAAUGCUGUAGCGGUUUCCAAUCCAGUCUCGUUUGCUGUAGGAAUUUCAAGUUCAAAUCCGUUCUAAUGUCUAUCUGUUGAAGGAAACAACAAACUAAGAUUGGACGUUAAUCUGUGAGCUCUACAUUUCAAACACAACCACUUUGCGAUUGUUCUAGCUCUAAUACGAAUAAUUUAGGGUUUCUUCACUACAAUUUCGAGUUACACCAAUUUAUUGUUUAUCGAUUUCUAAAUAUUCCCCCAAAAUUCAAAAAUCUGAAAGGUUAGAUCAAAAUAUUUCAAGGGUUUUGGAUUGAGUUUGCGUCUUGAAGAUACAUUUAAAGGUUCGACCAAGAUCUAACACAUGAGGGUUUUCAAGUUUCUAGUGGUUGAGGCAAAUCUCCUUCAACUUAUAUUCUUGAUAUGGAGAUGGAUCUCGAAGCAAACAGGGAAAGAAUUGGAUUUAAGAACUUUCCCAUUCGUAAGUUUGUUUCUUCCAUUCGCGAAAAAGAUCCAGAAAAGUGUUGGCCCUUCGCAUCAUUAUGUGCCUAUAAGGAUUUUGAAUCAAUAUCCUUGGUUCAUCUAAACAUCUCUGAAGAUGCUGAAGCUCCCAAAUUAUCUGAAGGAGAAACUUCCAAGGGAAAAGAGGCUGGAUCUGAUACUCUUAGAGGAUUUGAACUUGAAAUUCCUAUAGCAAACGAUACUGGAUCGGAUACCGCUACAGGAUAUGAGCUAGAAAUAUCUAAAGGAAAGGAGACUGCAAUAGCAACUGCUAGAGGAUUGGAACUAGAAAUUUCUAAGGGAAAUGAUAUUGGAUUUGGAACCGCUACAGGGAAUACUGAUAAAGUCAACAGUAUAUUCACCAUCGAUAGUGAAGACGACUCUAAUGACGACACUUUGGGCUUGUUUUUGAAAAAACGAAAGGGUGUUGAAGUUACUCGUCGUGCAUGGAACAAGAAGAAGCAGAAGAGACUCCAAGUCGAAAAGACAAGACCCAAAGCGGUUAAAAGACCGAACCUUGGACCCGAGGGCUCUCGGACCAUGACCAAGAAAGCCAACUACGAAAAGCUAGCCGAGGCACCCGUAGCUGGUGCACUUGGCAGUGAACAUGGAGGCAUGCUGACUGGUCCCGAAGCUGGUGGGUCAAAGGGUCCUGGAACGUGUGCGGCUAUGCCAUGUGACGGUCACAUCUUGAUGAUUACGGUGAACCGGAACCCUGGUGAUUUUAGCGCACCGGAUGCCGGAAACAGGUUCAUGAGAGGAGGAUAUAGUGAGUAGCUUUGAAGCUUUUUAUAUGCAUCAUGCGAUGAAAACUGUGACUCAAAUCUGAUGGUUUAUUACAAUCAAACUUGUGGACUUGGGUUUGAACAUGUAGUUAUUUGCAUGAAUGGCAAAGGUACCUUUGUACUCGUCAGCAUCA